AUGUAAAAAAGAAAAAAAACAGGAGAUCAGUAUAGUCUACGUGACAGUUGUAACAGUGCUGCUUCUUGCAGAAGAGAAGACAAAAAGAAAGCAAACAACCUGCCAUAUUUCGUACAUUUUUCUUUCAACAUAUACCCCUCUGGCAAAUAAAGCUGUGACACACAUGUCGCCGAGCCACAUAACUUUCCUACUAUUGUUCGUGGGGACCAUCGGCCUAGAAAUCAACAGUGUCGAGUCGUGUUUUACUGCGUUGUCGACAAUUAUUCGCAAUCUCGCGUCGACGUGGUUCAAUUACUCGUCGACGGGUCCCCAGAAUUAUGUCGUGAAUAUCGACGAACCCGUGGUGUCGGGAGGCAAUAGUGUCACCAACAGAACGACGCGAAAUUACGUCGCCAGGUGCACCAUGGUAUUCCGAAGCACCACUACGACCACGACCAAGACCUGCGCUGGUGCCGUGGUGAAAAAUGACACCAUCGCCUUUUCGGCACAUUGCACGCAUUACACGUCGACUGACCUUUCAAAUCCGGUUGUGACCUCCUGCACACUUGGAGACUUGAACGUGGACGUUCCGAAUGAACAAAACGAAAUCACAAUCAAUGAAAAUAUUUCGAUCACCAGACACCCAAAUUACAACGCCGUUACGAGACAAUUUGACAUUGCGAAAAUAGUGUUCUUUCCCGCGCUGAAUUUGAGCAGAAAUUCUGCCAUUCAACCCAUCCGCACGUCCAAUAAUAUUUCAAUAAAUAGUUUCGGCAACGGGACGAAUGUCGAUAUCACUGGAUGGGGAACCAAUGCAGUUUAUAAAAUCACCACUGAAAUUCAGGGAGAUGACGGGGCACCGUUGGUGACGAGCAUCAAUGGAAUCGGUGACACACUUGUCGGGAUUACGUCAUUUUUCGGGGAACAAGUCGUCUAUUCUGCUUCAUCCCAGCAAAGAACUGAGAGGGGUUUCAAAUCCAACAACGUUGUAACUGGAGUGCUUUCCUGUGAUUUCAACAUUCCUGCCGUCGCUGUUUUCAUCACUGACGCUGUUCAAGCUUGGCUCAUUGCCUGA